CUCAAGCCAUCCGGAGUCCUGACAGCAGAACCUACAGGUCAGAACUCGGUCAUGUUUGGCAUCGUACGUUGUGUAGCAUUAUGAAGGAGCUCAGCAAGAUGAAGCUUGACGUUGUAGGUUUCUGGAGGGCGUUCAUAGUCUCCUUAGUCACCAAGGAACAACGUGGGCAGCGAUGUCCCCAUCGAGUUGAUGGUCUCCAUUACCAUCUGGCAACUCAGGUUCGUGCUUCUGUAGACCCCCUGCUUCGCCAGAAAGGUUGGUCCACCUGGCCCCGGUCUCUGGUCGCAAGUAAACUCCCACGACAGUCGCGCUCGCGGCAUCGACGCCGUCAUUCGCGCUUCGAAGCCACCUCGUGCACACGAACUUGCUCACGAAGACUCAACUCGCAUUUUUCGUGCCUGUUCGAGGAAGAGCCAACGCGGCCGGGCUCUCGUGUAUCGCGCACCUGUCUGAUCGGGUGUCUGUGUCACAGCCUCGAUCUGUUUCCGAGUCACUUCCGGACUUCCGUGUCUGCUUGUGCCAUUCCAGCCCCAGGAUAUCGUCCGUCGGUCUGCCAGGCUCAAGCUUUUCAAGGUCUCUUCAUUACUUUCCGGACGCAACCCCAGUGCACUAUCGCCGGAAACCUACGCCACCUCUUCGUUUCCUGAGAUUUGCUUCAUACACGUCGAAACUUCAGUCACAACCGGAGCGGCGAUGGGGGAGAUCAUCGUCUCGGAGCGAGAGCGGCUCGACCUGAUUCAGCAGGGCGACCACGUCUUCCUGGAGGCUCAGGAGCGGCUCUACGAUGCCAAGAAGCAGCGAGCGGUCCCCGAGUCCAAGGACAGAGUCGUCUCGACGCUCGACACCUUCACCGUUUAUGGCUCGCUGGAUGAAGUCACGGAAUUGUAUUUGAACACUGACAAGAAGAUGGUGCUGGACUUCUCCGAGUCACGAGAGCUUGCAGUGCUCAAACCCGACACCAUGCAACGUCCGCUUGACCGUACGAGUCUAAGAUGGGCGCUGAGUCACUCGCCCAGUCGCCUCAUAGCCAAGGACCAGGACUUUUGCUAUCUCGAGAUCAUGAAGCCGUACGGCACGGCAGACGGACGUCGAGGCUGGGCCAAAGUAUCGCACUCGAUCAAGCACAAGGCGUGUCCAGAGUUUAGGAACUCACAAGGUGUCGAUGUGAACCGAGCGGAGCUGUUGUAUUGUGGACUGUUCUUUGAAGAGACGGACGCAUUAGGAGUGCUGAAUGCCACCGUGUACUAUAACACCAAAGGGGACACGACUCCGUCCGUGUUGAUGCCGAUGGUGCAGAAGGCACGCAGUAAGCGGACUAUUGAGCUGGUGAAUCAUUACCUCAAGAUGUCGAAUAUGAUUCUUAAGUCCAGGAAGAUCUCGCUUACUAGAGCUCUACAGCUGCAAGGAGAGAAACGCUGCGCCGCCUGUGCCAACUACUUGUCCAUGUGGAAACCCAAGGACAAAUGCGUCAUGUGCGGAUCGUACUUGUGCGAUAAAUGCACCGACAUUGUGACUCGGAACUACCGAGUCGAUGAUGCUAAAGGACAAGUUGCGUGUUUCUCGUGCUCACACCGACGCGGCAAGAAAAUUAUGCUGGAGACGGAGACCGGAUACAACGAUCUAGACUCCAGCGGCAAUAGCGGCUCCGCUGUCAAGGUCUUCACGAAGACACACAGCAUCUUGGAAUCGGAUCAACAAGGUGGACUGCGAGAUGGCAGCAUUUCAUCCUUAAACAGCGAGGAGCAACCAAGGUGGUUUGACGACGAAGGGAAGCCGUCACUGGAGCUUGCUCAGGACCAACAGCAACAACAACCGAAGCCUCAGCGCCAAGAGCCUCCACAACAGAAGCCUCAGCGGCUAGAACCACCACAACAGCACCGACCACAGCAGAUGCCUCAACAGCGGAAACUGUCCAAGCAAACGUCGACUCCGGCUCGCAGUUCAGAGUUCAUUCCUCACCAGACGUUCUUCCUGCCGACGGACCAAGAAGAACAGCAGCGACGACGUUGUAAUACGCGCGUGUCAACUCGGCGUCCAGCGAAGGCACUGGACGAGGACUUCAUUGCACGGCGUCGAAGUCGAACAACGGGCAACUCGAGACUGUCAAGCAGAGCGAAGCCAACGGGUUGUGCGCCCGGGACGGUGCCCAGUAAACCGAAGGAGUCUCCGAUCACGUUCGAUACGCCAGUAGAGGAGCCGAUGGACUUCGCCCCGGUGGGUAACCAAGUGGGCCUCAAUCUCGAGGAAUUGAAUUACCGGAUGCGACGCUAUACGACUAACGCUAUUCCGGUUCAACCGAUGGAUUGGACAGACCAAGGAGUUCGAACUUCCACGCGCUGCCACACCGUAGAUGGAACACGCAAGCACGAGCGCUACCAGCAGCCAAACAGGUUGUCAGCACGACCAUCUGCGCCAGCAUUUACACCGGCCAUGAUGGACUUUACGAAGACACCUUCGAUCAGGUACUCGAAACAAAACCCAUGUGAUCUAUCGUAUUUGGCCAGCUUCAAGUAGACGACAAUAAGCAAGACAAAAAUCAAGACAACAAUGGAACAAUGAAAAGGAGAGAUGAAGAAUACCAAGAAAGGAACACCAAGAUAAGCAGUGCAACAGGAUGCUGCAAAGGCAAACGUAAACAUGAUAUUGAGCUAAAGUGAUGGUCUUGCUGUGCAAGUUGCAGGCCAACGACACGAUGUUUGGACCAGAAAGGUGGCUGCAUUUGAACUGAGCGCUUCUCAGCUGAUGUAUCCUUUGACCAGAUCUGGUUCUGUUAGUUCAAGCACAGAUUGCGGCGCUUCUGGGCAAGGUUAAGCGUAAGGAGACACCUUCAUGUUAGUGAGACAUCCGUGCAAGAGGUGACGUUCUUCUCCAUCCUUUGAGCUGCGCUGACUCAACCUUCGAUGCAUCCGCAACGCUG